CCUGCCCUUGUCCGUGCGCGAGCGAGUAUAUUAUUCGCAGGGGCUUUGCUUCGAUUACAUUUCUUCAUAAACCCUUUACGAGUUCGUCCCACUUUCGAUCGAAUCGAUCCUCGUGUGCGCACCAUGACUCUGGGAUCUGGAGGAUCAGGCGUUGUCGUUCCUCGGAAUUUCAGAUUGCUGGAGGAACUUGAGCGUGGAGAGAAGGGAAUCGGGGAUGGUACUGUGAGCUAUGGAAUGGAGGAUGGAGAUGAUAUACUGAUGCGAUCUUGGACUGGUACCAUUAUAGGCCCUCACAACUCUGUACAUGAAGGUCGCAUAUAUCAGUUGAAGCUGUUUUGUGAUAAUAAUUACCCGGAGAAGCCUCCCACUGUUCGAUUCCAUUCCCGGAUUAACAUGACCUGUGUAAACCAUGAAACUGGAUUGGUGGAACAGAAGAAGUUUGGAAUUCUGGGAAAUUGGCAGCAAGAGUAUACGCUGGAAACCAUACUAACGCAGCUGAAGAAAGAAAUGGCUGCUCCGCACAACCGGAAGCUGGUCCAGCCUCCGGAAGGAACCUAUUUCUAAUGUAAGAUAUAAAGGCCUUGUCGGCUCUGUCGGGUUUUAUGGUUUACAUAAUUACGUUUAAAGUUGCACAAUGGGUUUUGCCCCGAAAGCUCUGUUCUGUUUGAAUCUUGGAUUCUGGAUUAUUCUUCUCUGGUUUGUUUGUCUAAUGACUGCUGUGGGAGUGUUGGAUUGUCAAACUUAAUGCCAAAUGUCUAAAAAAUUGUUGAGUUCACAAA